CAGUUAAAUAACACAACAGCUGCAGUGUCAGAUUUUUGAGAAGGUUUUGUUUGCUGUUUUGUAGAUUUCAACCAAAGUGUUUAAAAAAAAUCAGAGCAGCCUGAUCUAAAAGUAUGAAAUAUUUAUAAAUAUACAGAUGAGAACCACAAAAUUCAUUUUAGUCCAGACCCUUUAGGGGCAAUCCCUCAGCUAUCCCCCAAAGCUCUAGUAAGUUUUGUAGCAGUGGAUAAACAAAAUCUAGUUUGCCCUCCUUUUUGAGGUUUUUUUUGGGGUCUUUUUGGAUGCGAUAAAUAGAUGUUGAUGCCUCAUAUGGUUUGAAUUUGAAAGGUUAAAAAAAAAAGAAAAUUGUUUUGCUUUUCUGAAUGAUUAUAGGUGGUUUCUAUUCAUGUUGGUGCUUUUAUGCUCAUAAAUUUCGAGGUCAUAUGUAUGUAAUUAUAACUUUCCAUUACUGUGAGACUAAAUGUGAUCAAUAAAGUGACUCUGUGGGCAGGUGAGAGCAGGAUCAGUGCUCUCUGAUAUCUGCUCUCAUGUCCCGCAGCUCCUCUGGACAAACUCCACACAGAGGGUCCAUCACAGAGAGGGCCCACUGCCCACAGGCGCGCACAGAGCUCCCUUUCUUUAAGAAAAGGCAAAGGGAAUUCCUUAUGGUGGAUGCUGCAGUGAUGAGAAGCCUUUUCAUCCGGCGGUUUUUUUUUUUUUCAGAGUCUCCACUGGCUGCGUUAAUUACAGGGCCCGGGGCUGCACUUUGAGCUUCCUGCGCUCAUGCAGGCUCUUGAGAAAAAGCCGCGCGUCUGAUUCUCACGACACAGAUAAAACGACGCACAAAUACGCGGAGACACACACGCGCGCACACGCAUGCAUAAUGUCAGAGCCAGCGGAACCAGUCAGCCAACCCGCCGGGGGACAUUCCUGUCUGUCUUCAACAACUUCAGCCCACAGACACCAGCAGCUAAUGACACCGAGGACGACGUGAGCUGGUUUUAAGGCAUUUCCCAGUCGGACCAGUAGGACUGUAGAGGAUGUGGAGCGUCAUUCCCCCUGUUCGACCUCACUGAAACUUUUGUCAGUAAACACAGCGCGGAGAGGAGAGGAGAAGAGAGGAGAGGAGAGGAGAGGAGAGGUGGGCGCAGGACUCAGGACUCGCAGCCUGUGUGUCGGUCACCGGAGACGAUGGGAGACUUUCACUAGAUCCACUACGGCGCAGAAACACCAUGGCUGUGGACGCGGCAUCCAGUUUCAGUUUCUGCAGGCCAGCUGUGGAGUACAGAGCUCUGCCUGAAGACUUCAAGCACCAGCUGAGUCGACGGACAGGUGGGAACCUAACCUGGCAUGACGGGCGGGGACAGAAGACGGCAGGAGGCAGAACAGUGAAGCUGCUGCAGCAGCCGGGCACAGAGGCCCUCCAGUAUCAUUCCAGCGACAGUUACGGGAUAUAUCACACCAGCCCGACACAGCCCAGCCUGAUCCGCCCCGUCGUGCUCUGGUCACAACAAGAUGUUUGUAAAUGGCUGAAGAAACACUGUCCACACAACUAUCUAACCUACGUAGAGGCGUUCUCCCAUCACGCUAUCACAGGCCGGGCGUUGCUACGUUUGAACGGGGAGAAGCUAGAGAGGAUGGGACUCGUGCAAGAGACGCUUCGGCAGGAGCUGCUGCAACAGGUGCUGCAGCUGCAGGUUCAGGAGGAAGGACGCAACCUGCAGCUGCUCAGUAGAGGUGAGGGUUCCUUUGGAAGGAUAUCGUAACCAGGUUUCUGGAAGAUGUGGAUGAAAGGAAUUCGUUGUAUAUAUGAUCAAAAAACUCAAAUGUGAAUCAGAUCUGUGGGAACGGAGCAAUCUCUAGGAUUGUGUUGUUGCGUGGAAGAUCGCAGCUUUUCAUCUGCACCAUAAACAGACUGACUAUGAACUGUGAUGAAAAAGCAUUAUGACAAUCUGUUUUGUCAAUUUAUCACUCUAUUCUGUGAUUUAUUAUCAUAACUAUUCCUCUUGUAGAGUCUCUGCCUCUUUCUAUCUUUCUUUUUUUUAAUGUAAAAAGGACAAAUAAAUAAAAAUAUC